AUGAGCCGGGCUCUUAUGGACCAUAUCUCCAGUAGUUUCAGAGAAGAUGCUCCUCGACCCCCGGUGCCUGGGGGGGAGGGCGAUGCGCCCUGCUACCCCACCAAACCCACAAUAAUGAAACCUUUGGAAUCUCUUAAAUCAGCUGUGUUGGGCUCUCCAAGCUCCUCGAGGAGGAACGAGGAUGGUCUUGGGGAGCCAGAGGGGAGUGCCUCCCCCGACUCACCGCUGUCUCGAUGGACUAAAUCUUUGCACUCUCUCCUUGGAGACCAGGAUGGUGCUCUCCUGUUUAGGACAUUCCUGGAGCAGGAGCAGUGUGUUGAUAGUCUAGACUUUUGGUUUGCCUGCAAUGGCUUCAGGCAAAUGGACCUCAAAGAUCCCAAAACUCAGAGAGUGGCCAAAGCUAUUUACAAGCGCUACAUAGAAAAUGACAGCAUUGUUGCCAAACAGCUCAAGCCUGCUACUAAAACCUUUAUAAAGGAUUAUAUCAAGAAGCAGCACAUCGACUCUGCCAUGUUCGACCAGGCUCAGACAGAGAUUCAGAACAACAUGGAGGAGAGCGCUUAUCAGCUGUUCCUCACCUCGGACAUUUACUUGGACUAUGUGAGGACUGGGGGUGAGAACCCGGCUCACGUCAGUGCCAGCGGCUUGGCUGACCUCAAGGCAGUGUGUGGAUACAUGUCCUCACUGCCGGAGGAGGAAGAGUGGAGCUGCGACUUCAAAACCAAAGCCCUCCUUGGACUAACCACCAGCGUGCAGCGGGCCCCCAUGUCCCUGAGGGCAGUGGAGGUGAUGGAGAGGAGCUACAGAUCCUACAGCAGAGGGGGGUGCCAUGGGGGCUCGUCCGCUCCUGUGUGCAGCACCAACGACAGCGAGGUGUCCAGUGACGCGCUGACCGAUGACUCCAUGUCUCUGACCGAUGGCAGUGUAGAUGGCAUCCCUCCAUACAAACUGGCCUCCAAAAAGCAGCUACAGCGAGAGAUGCAGCGAAACAUGCGGAUGAACAGCCAAGUGUCUCUGCCUGCCUUUCCUCGCACACGACAUCCUCCAAAAGAAGCCGUCCCGUUGGAGCCAGCUAAAUUCGCAGAGCAGCUGAUUGCCCGACUGGAAAGUUUGAAGCGUGAGCAGGAGAGAGGCGAGGAGAGGCUGCAGCAGAUCCAGGAGGAGGAUGAGCGAGAAGAUGCAGAGAUGUUAGGGAGCUCACCGCAGCUCUCUCAUCACCAACUGUCCAUCUUGUCCGGCUCCUCCGACGAAGACCCGCAGGCCAUCCUCGACGAGCACUUAUCCCGCGUCCUGAAAAGUCCCGGCUGCCAAUCGCCCGCCGUCGCCCGCCACUCCCCCCGCUCCACCUCCCCCGAGCAGCGGCCCCUCGCGCUGGCACUGAAGGGCCUGCUGCAUUCCCCGGGGUCCACACUGGAGCAGGGGUCCCUCACGGUCUCCCUGGGCCCCAACAGAACUCUGAUCAGCCGGCAGAGCACCAAGCACAUCCACCACCACUACAUCCACCAUCACGCCAGUCCCAAGAGCAAGGAGCAGAUCGAGCGCGAGGCGGCCCUCCGAGUGCACCGCCUGUGCUCCGGCGCAGAGUUCCAGCCGGGGCCGCCGUACCAGCGCAGCCGCAGCUUGGGACGAGAGCUGUGUGGCGCUGUUACCAUCGACAACACCAUGGGGAGGUCCAGUUCCUUGUCCAGGUGCCUGUGUCGCUCGGGGACAGAGGACGGCUCUACAGACAAGUGUUCCGAAGACUGCGGUGGUCUACAGCUGCCCAGAGACACAACAGACCCAACUCAAAAUGUGCUGCAGUGGAUUCUGGAGAGCAAACACCAAAGCAGGCACAAGUCCAGCAACCAAACCACCAAAAAGUCAUUCGGGAGCUCGUCCACCCAGACUCACAUUUGGGGCGGGGGUGGUAGCUGCGGUCAUCUUCGAAGCCACCAACCCGCACAACCUUUUAUUCAAGACCCCGCCAUGCCCCCGAUGCCUCCUCCCAACACCCUGGCUCAGUUGGAGGAGGCUUGCCGGAGACUGGAGGAGGUCUCCACAAAGCCCACCAAGCCGAGGCAUUCCGUAUCCAGUGUCCCACGUGAGAAGAGCCAUCUUGUGCCUGUCCAGAGCGGGACAUCAAACCCGCAACCUCAAGCCAACUCGCCCGGUUGCCUGCUCUCAACCGUCCAAUCUGAAGAAAUGAAGGAGCAUAAGAAGGCGGCAGGGAGCCAUGCGGUGUGCAGUAGUGGGGAGACCGUAGUGACAUAUUUUUUCUGUGGGGAGGAAAUCCCGUAUCGACGUAGCAUGAAGAGUCACAGUCUGACCCUAGGACACUUUAAGGAGCAGCUCCGCAAAAAGGGCAACUACAGGUACUACUUCAAAAAAGCCAGUGACGAGUUCGACUGCGGCGCGGUUUUCGAAGAGGUAUCGGACGACUGCUCUCCACUGCCCACGUACCAAGGAAAGAUCUUAGGAAAAGUGGAGCGGAUGGAUUGA